AUGAUACUUUCAAACUCGUUUUUUCUACCGGAGUUUCCAACAAAUUUGACAUUUCCUAUAUACGGAAUUCUUUGUCCAAUUAUAGCUAUCCUGACACUGAUUUCUAACAUUAUCGUUGUCUGUGUGUUUAUGAAAAGACAGAUGAGGUCGGUUACGACAGUGUUUUUAGCUGGACUAGCAGUGUCGGAUACUCUGUCUGCGGCACUAUGGAGCAUCACACAUUUCUUCUUCUACGGUAUUAGGGAUAAAACGGAGGAACCAUUGUUGUAUCCGGAUUGUAUCUUUCAUGACUUUGCGCUCUACUUUGCGGUAAUAUUUCAUACGACAUCGGUCUGGCUCACAUUGACACUUGGAUUGCAACGUUGUGUCAUCGUUGUCAAACCAUUCAAGGGACCAAGACUUUGGACAAUUCGUAAGUCGACAUUUAUCGCGGUUAUGGCCUAUUUGAUACCGACGAUAUUUUUUGCGCCACUGUUUUUCAUGAAGAACUACUUUCCGUUUCAUUUCAUUGCGGACGAUAACACAACCUCAGUGUAUUGUGCGGUAGAUGUAGCUCAGUGGUUUAGAAAUGAUAUGAAACCGUUUAGUAUUAUCUACUACAUCUUCCGAGGAGUCUUCGUACAACUUCUUCCGUGUGUAUUAAUGAUGAUAAGUACAGCUGUACUAGCAUACAAAUUACGUCAUGAACGGAUACUACAACGUCACAUGUCACGGAUUGUGGACGGACAAAAACGUGACUUUCAGCGCAGACAGCGGACAACUCUCAUGGUCGUUAUCAUCAUGGUCAUAUUUAUGAUUGUAGAAAUUCCGACUGGAAUCGUUUUUGGAAUUAAAUUCUAUGAAGACACAACCAACAGAUUAGUUUUGACCCGGGAAGUGGAUUAUCCAUUUGCAAUAUUUCAGAAUUUUUUGUUAUUAUUAAGUUACCAUUGUAACUUUUGGAUCUAUGUCGGUUUGAGUGCACGAUUUAGAAGAACUCUUCAGAAUUUCUGUUUCGGAUAUUCUUUAAAGAAAACAAUGGAGGAGGUGAUUUCUUUGACAACCAAAUCCCCUCACAAUUCAUCUGACCGAAGCAUUCGUCAAACCCUCGUAGUUAACGGGAACGGUCAUAUUUACUCCGAAAGAUGA